UUCGCAGUGAAAUCAAGGAACUUCUCGAGCUUAAUACACACCGUAUAAGGCCCGAAACAAUAGGCGAUUGCUUACGGUAUCUGCAAUUUGCCGAGAUGUCAAAUCGUCAUCAUGAUAUAGACCCAGCCGCAAUUGACACCUGUACUUGGUUGCUCAAACACCCAAAAUUCAUAGAGUGGAGAGAACAAAAGCGACGGCUGCUUUGGAUCCGGGGAAAACCAGGUGCUGGUAAAUCAACCUUGAUGAAAUAUGCUCUUGAGACGUCGAUUGGAGAGAGUGCUGCGCCAAAUGCAAGAACGAUCGUUCUCUCUUUUUUUUUCCAUGGCCGAGGAAACGAGCUUCAAAAGUCAUCUGAGGGAUUCUAUCGCUCAAUACUCCAUCAAAUACUGUCGCGAGCGCCUUUCGCGGCAGACUCCAUGCUACGAAACUUUGAUCAACACGUUUUCAAUCGCGGGAAGCCGGGUCAAGCGUGGAACUGGCAUAUAAGGGAGUAUCAAAAGCAUUUAAUCUCUACGCUUGAAAUGCUCUCGGAGAAGUUCAAAGUCUCAGUCCGCAUAUUCGUUGAUGCCCUCGACGAAGGUGGUGAGGUCACCGCUCAAAACAUGGUAGACGAGUUUCAGCACAUUCUUGAACAAUCAACACAAGAGACUAAAAUCGCGAUAUGCUUCAGUUGCCGGCAUUAUCCUGUCAUUGACGUUGAAGACCAUGCAACAAUUGUUAUCGAGAACGAGAACGACAAUGAUAUUCGUACAUUUAUUACAACGUCGUUCGGACAGGAUCAUAGCAUGGCAACGGUACGAAAUAUUAUUAUAGGGAAAGCAACCGGCAGUUUCCAAUGGACCCGUCUUGUAGUUGAACUCGUACAAAGAAAACGCCGACAGGGUAGUUUGCCGCAUCAAAUUCGGCAAGCAAUUGAGGACAUCCCUCCGGAUCUGAACAAGUUAUAUCGAGAGCUUUUGGGGGCAAUACCCGAAGAUGAACUGCCCACAGUCAUCCGAGUAUUCGAGUGGAUGCUCUUCGCUAGAUAUAAUCUGUCUGUCGACGAGCUUCGAAUCGCAACAGCCAUUGAUCCGAAUUUACCGUACAAAACGCUCGAAGGGUAUCGAGAGCAAGGACUGUUUAUUGAUAACAACGAUGACUUUGGAAGAAGACUAACAACCAUAUCCCGUGGCUUAGCCGAAAUUAGAGAGGAUGUGGACUCUCGCGGGAAACGUACUGGCCAAAGAGUGCAGUUCAACCACCAGUCAGUUAUUGACUUCCUCUUCCAAGACGGUCUGCAAAUACUGCUGGGCAGUCAAUGGCAGAGUCGUGAGAUAGCUUUUGGCCGGGCCAACCAUACACUUUCUCGAAUAUGCCUCUGCUAUGUAUCCAUGGAUCAUUCUAUCUCAGAAAGCUCCGAUAACGCGAGCCACCAAAUUCAAGGAGUCUGGGGCCGGGAGACUUACCGACUUUUCGCUACUUACACUGUCCGAAACUGGAUUUAUCAUAUGCAACAAGCCUAUUCAUACGGUAUCUCUCAAGUAGAUUUAUUGGAGUGUUUUGCAUGGCCCUCUAAUGAUCUUAUGGAUCGGUGGAUUGACUUAUGCCACCUACUUGAUGAUAAUGCUUAUUACUUUGCACCGCGGAAAUCUACACUUCUCCACAUUCUCUCUGAACAUGGGUUAGUAGACGCUUUGUCCCUUGCUCUAAAUAAGAGAGAUCGCCGCUUCGCUCAAGAGGUCUGCGAUGGCAUGGACCUUGAGUCGAAAGAUUGUGAAGGCCGAACACCGUUGGCAAGAGCCUCGGAGCGUGGACGCGACACCGUUGUCCAACUAAUGCUCGAACGUGGCGCGAAUUCGGAAACAAUUGACAAUCAAGGUCGAACGCCGCUGCUAUUGGCAUCGGAAAAUGGCCAUGAAGCG